AUGUCGAGUGAGCAAACAAUUCGUGAAGAAAGUUUGCAGGGUCCACCAACGGACCAAGCUUACGUCGAUUUACUGAAACGCAUGCUUGAAGAGAGUGGGGACAGCUUUGCCAAGAUGCUGCCGACGCUAAAGCUGUAUAUGGAUGGCCUUAGCACGAAUCUGAUGUUAAUGUCAACUUUGGUGGCAUCUAACGACAUGACAAAUGACAUAAAGUUGCCAGUUAUCCGCUUCCUUAUCGAUUGUAAACCUUUUCUCGAUGCUUUGGCUGAAGUCCACCCGAAUAUUAAAAUUUUUCGAGAUGCUCUAGGAUUUUACGAAGGAAUGGAAGUCUUCACUCGAAGGGAAAUGCGCAUGCCAGAUAUUUAUAUAUUAUGCCAUUUCAGUUGUAUCGGCUACAUUAAUUACUCGAGAUCAUCAAUACCUGUUUAUACAAACUUCGUCAAUAAUCUACGAACAGGAGAAUGGAUUGUAAAUCAUUCAUCUAGUGUCAACGUUAAGGCGACUGUCAUUCAGUUUUACGCCAAAUAUGCGCGCGAAAUUCGAGCUAUCUCAACAUUUCAUGAGUCUGCAAUGUUUGCUCAAAUGUCAUGUCUUAUGAUGAAAAGAAUGAAUGUCGACAAUGCAAUAGAGGAGAACGUGAGCCCUGAGAAACUGGAAACAGUGAAUUACUUGAGAAAAUUAAACGAAUCGCUAGCAAAUCAAGACCAUCAACCAGCAAUUCAUAGUAUUAUAAACGAUAUUUUGACACCUACUCUAUGA